AUGCAUAUUAGUCUAGUACUUUUAUUCUGUUUUUCUAUUGUUGUGGUCAAUUCAACUACAACAAAUCGUCGUGUUGUAGUUAAUAAUGGACGUCGUACAAAAGCACCAAUGAAACAAUCAGCUUAUACUUAUUUACGUUUUGUUCGUGGUACUAAAACAUGUUCUAAUGGAAUAUGUCCAUUUUGGGAACGACAUGGUCGUUCAUUUGUAUCACUUCGAUGUUAUGCAAAACAAUAUCGAGAAUGUACAUGUCUUCAUCGUAUGUGUUUUAGUUCAUGUAUGUUUACACGUAAAGUUUGUAAUGACGAAAUGGUUCAAUGUUUAAAACAAAUAUGUCCACGAUGUAUGCCAGCAUCAGCACAAGCAAUGUGUUCAAUUUAUGAUUCAGUAGCUCAACAAGUUGCUGAAGCACUUUCAGUCUUUGCUUGUUAUCCAUGUUGUCCUGUUAUUCAGAAUACGAAUAAUUCUACUAAUGGAUUAGCUGCUGCACCAAUAACAACAGCUCCACUUACAAAUAAUAUUGGAAUAACAACAACACCAGCAAUUGGAAAUAAUGGAUUAGGAGUUUCUCAAAAUGCUGCUAAUCGACCAACAAAUGGUGUCAAUCAAUCAAACAAUGCAGGUCUGGGUAAUACAAAUGUUCAAGGAAAUGCCACACCUCGUCCGAAUGUUUCUCCUAAUAAUGGUUUGGUAAGUUCUAACAAUGGAAACGGUGCUAAUCUAGGUUCGCAAGUACGACGUCGAACAAUAAAACGUGUAGUUACAAUUCGUCGAAAACCAACUGUUGCACCUCGACCUGCUACUGUCCGUGGUAGUAACGUCAAAAAUAAUGUUCGUAAUACUGUUUGA